GCAGAGGUUCUGUCUCUGGCGUCUCCGCCAUGGCAUACUGGUAGGAUCCAGUCCAAAACAAAUCAGGAUUAGAGGGCUCGAUACGCACCGAGAACCGAGACCCGGACCCUCGGCCACUACUGAUCAUGAUCAAAAGCUUGAAUCUGUCGGCGAACGCCACCUGGAAGCCAUAGACCUGCAGGAGAGGCAAAAGUCCAUGGCUAGAUACUUCACCCUCAUCAUCGUUCGAACUGACGAAACGUGGACCGACGCGAAGGAGACAGAGAUCUCGAGAUGGAGGUAGAUCACGAGCGGGUAGUCCACGAGGACGAAGUGAUGGAUGAUUAUCCCUACCCUACAGACAUUCACACGCUUCCAGCUAUCACCCUCCAUUUACCGGAAAAACAGAUGGAUUUGAAGAUGGGCGAGGAUGAUCUGAAUCUACAAAGUAUCACCCUGCUGGAACUCGCUCAACUGCAUCAUGGUUGUGGACUCUCACCACCCCUUGAGCUCUUCGUGUCCUUCGAGCCUGGCCGGUUUUAUCAACGCUUCACAGCGAUCCAAAAGGAGGUUUCUGCUCAAGCCAAGGAAUCGGACGAAUCUGUUGAUGGGAAGAGCGAGCCAGACGCGAACGGUCCAAUUCCACGCAGUGUACCUCAAUCAACAGUGAAAGCGGAAGGUCGCGAGACAUUAGUGGAUCAGUCUAAGAGAGGAAAUCCAGCCGAGUUCAGGCAAGCGAGACCAGGUCAGUAUCUCAAUUUUGUAUAUAGGCUGACAAGGAGCAGCUCAAGCAGAGUAUGGUGGAUCGCAGAUCGUAGGCCACGAUGAUGAGCACCCUCAUGCUGUCUGGGCGAAUAGCAAACC